GUGUUUCUCUUCUAAAUUACCAAUUGCUUCAUCAUUCUUUACACAAUCAUUACAAAUGUCAAGUCCACAUAUUACAAUCAUAACUGGUAGAACAAAGAGUUUUUCUGGUAGAUUUUCUUUCAAAAGUUAUGCAUAUUGAUCACUGAAUUGAAUCUUCGGUGUUAUUGUUAUCUAAGAUAAGCCCAGAAUUAAAUAGGAGAAACAGAAACAGACAUCUAUAUACGAUGCUUCACUGAACAAAGCCACUCGUUGAUGAAUGCCAUUUGAUGCAGGUCCAGGCCACUAGGGAGUUCCCUUUUUGAAAGGAUCUUCAAAAUCUCUUGUGUUUCACCAACAAGACAAGCUGCGCAAACGGAAGAAAUGGGAACGAGAACAAACUUCUAUAAGAACCCUUCUUAUACAUACAACAAAGAUUUCGAUCUCAACUCUGUUCUGCAAAACCUAAAGGCUUAUAAUGCUGCCACCGGGAACCCCACUCCACCGGAGGAAGAACCAGUUUCCAGCAACCAAAAAGUCGGCUUACAAUCCAACCGCCGCAAGCGACGGAAGAUUUCGUCGCCUCUGGAUAAAAGACAUAAAAUUGAAGAAAGUGAUGGACCCAUGUCUCACCAUGAUUAUAUUCAGAAAAUUAGGAAGGAAGCUGAUUCAGCUCAAGCCUUUGAAGAAUUAACUAAUAAUGUGUUGGGUUUUCAUUCCAUGCUGUUAAUGAUGCAGGAGGGUUCAGCCUCUGGUGGACGAUUAGUGGGGUAUGAUAGUGACAAUGGUACUUCCUCCCAAGGUGAAGAGAAUCAGGAGCCUCACAUAUCUGGUUUGAUCCUAGAUAUCUGUGAUGAGAAGGAUCCUCAUAAUGCUGGAAAUAUGAACACUGCCGAUCAUGUAAAAGAAAGAAGCGAGCAGCGGUUUCCUGUUCCUGGAGAGCCUGCAUGUGUGAUUUGUGGCAAAUAUGGGGAAUAUAUAUGUGAUGAGACUGAUGAUGAUAUCUGCAGCAUGGACUGCAAAGCGGAGCUUUUGGAGAAUCUCAAGAAUUCUCAGAGGCCUGCAAGCAACCAACGUUUAUUUGAAGUGUCAUCUGGACCUAAAUUCCCAUUACAAAUUGUUGAAAGUGGAGGAGACACUUGGGAUUUCAACCGUCAUCGCUGGUCAACAAAGAGAUCUAGCCUAUGUACUUAUGAAUGUUGGAAAUGUAAGAAGGGCGGUCAUCUUGCUGAAGAUUGUUUAGUGAUAACGUCAAUUCCUCAAUCUUCCUCCUCUGGCCUCCAGGCCUCAUCAUCUACAAAGAGAUCAAGUGUUAUACCAAAGGAACUUCUUGAACUAUACAAAAGAUGCCACCAAAUAAGCAAGAAGUCCAGAGCAGCCAAGUGCAAUGCAUGCCAUAGGUUAUCUACUUUGGCCAUGUGCCUUGAUUGUGGCAUAACAUUUUGUGAUAGUGCAGGACAUUUGGUUGAGCAUAUCCAAACACACCCCUCCCAUAGAAAGUACUAUUCUUAUAAGCUCAAUCGGCUUAUUAAGUGCUGUAAAUCAAGCUGCAAGGUGACUGAUAUCAAGGAUCUUCUUGCUUGUCACUUCUGCUUUGAUAAAGCCUUCGACAAGUUUUAUGACAUGUUCGGUGCAACCUGGAAAGCAGCUGGACUUUCGAUUGUUGCUGGCUCCAUUUGUUGUGAAGAUCACUUUGCUUGGCAUAGGAUGAAUUGCUUGAAUGCGGGUGUUGAAGAUGGUGCGUAUAUCUUCAAGAAGCACAUGCAGAAUGAGAAGCGAUCUCAGUUGAGUGAUUUCAUAUUCUAAAAGCAUGUUCGAAAUGAAAACAUGUAAUGUCGUUUUAGGUGAAAAUUGCCAUAUUUAUUAGUAUAUUUGUUAAGAAUUUUAAAGCUAAAAUUACUCAUCUCCAUCCAUUAUAAUCGUUGAAAAUUAUUUGAUCAUAGAGAUUUGCUUUGUUGC